CUACAGGAAGUGUGUCAGCGGAAACCGGCCUGUGACCGUGGAGCCAAGGGGACAUUUUGGCCAAAAUAGAGCAGAAAUAAAGCAUAAAGGAAUUAAAUUUCCCCCUAAACUCCGCUGACAGGCAGACCCCAGUCUCUCCUGCAGGGAUGUGGUAUGAGAUUCUCCCCGGUUUCGCAAUAAUGACCGUGUGUCUGAUUGUUCCGGGAAUAGCGACCGCUCAGAUCCACAAAUUCACCAACGGAGGGAAGGAAAAAAGAAUUGUGAGAGUUCCUUACCAGUGGUAUCUGAUGAACAGAGACAAGCAGCUGUCAGGAACGGGAAAAUAUUACCAUUCCAAGGGACUGGAAAACAUUAAUUGAAGAUCACCCACAAGCUCUGGCCCUGUAACAAAACAAUGGAAAUGUCUGAAAUGUUAAUUUUGUUCAGUUGUCUAUUAAAAUAAUGUAAAUACCA